AUGGCUAGUGAUAUUAGGUAUGAUGUUGAGCAGCUUCCUAGCCCGCGGACAAAGCUGGGAGAAGGACCUGUCUGGGAUAUCGAAACACAGAGCCUUUACUUCGUGGACAUCAACACACCUACGAUAAUGCGAUACGAUUACGCGCGAAAUCGUACAUUCAGUGCAACGCUCGAUGGCGCUAAAUCGAUUUCGUUCAUUGUGCUCGUCGCGGGACAACCGGAACACUUUGUGGUUGGUGAAAACAAUCGUGUAUCAUUGAUCCAAUGGAAUGGUCGAUCCGAAACGGCUAAGCCCGUCCGUACGUUGGCCGAUCUAGGCGAGACUCAAAGCCACGUUAGAUUUAACGAUGGCAAAGUUGAUCCCUCUGGUCGCCUAUAUGCUGGUACAAUGCAGUUGGAAUCGUUGGGUGAUCUUUUCGCUCAAAAAGAGGGUCAACUGUUCCGUUACACUAAUGGGACCAUGUUGGUACAGAAGAACAAUAUCAGCAUUUCCAACGGUCUUACCUGGGAUGAACCCGUAAAUCCGCUGCGAAUGUACUACAUAGAUUCCGCGGCUUUGGAUGUGAAGGCAUUCGAUGUGGAUGAGCAUGGUGAUCUCAAGAACGAAACGGUGUUCUUUGAUCUACGCAUCGACGGAUCACAUCCGGGAUAUGUUCCAGAUGGAAUGACUAGUGAUGCGGAUGGCAAUCUGUACAUAGCUACCUGGGGUGGAUCGAAAGUCAUGAAAGUGGAUAAAAGUUCUCAGAAACUUUUACUGGAAAUUAAGAUCCCUGCUGAGCAGGUUACAUCGGUUGCAUUCGGUGGACCCCAUUUGGACGAGCUAUUUGUUACGACGUCUUCAAAUGGAGAUAAGCCAGCACCGGCAGGAGCACUAUUUAAGGUAACUGGACUUGGAGUCAAGGGGAAACCAAUGCACAAGAUGGUUCUGUGAAGAGAUGUCUUAUUCUGUUCGUUAGACAUGCUGCUAAAU